AUCUCUCUGGCCCUCACGCUGCCGCCACCUCUCCCCGCCGCCGCGCUCGCUCGAGCUCGCGCGCCGCAACCGCAACCACCUCUCCUCCGCUCGUCGCUCCCGCCGCCGCGCCGCACCGUUGUAGAACCGUCAAACCUCAUCCUCCCAAUGGCCGCCGAACUCUGCAUCCUGUGUUGACCCUGUCCGCGUCCGUCCGGCACUUCCCGUCCACGUCCGGCGCCGGGCUCCUGCGCCGGAAAAGAACUCGCAGCCACCAGGAGGAGGUCGCCGCAGCCAGAAGGGAGCUCGCUGCCGGCUUCUCGAAUCGUCCCCAACCUUGUCUCUCCGUGCCUGAGAAGUCUAUUGUGCUGCCCGCUUCCACCAUCCAAGAGAAUCCUAACAAGAACUGCAUCUGCUACUCACCACGGUUCCUGAACCUGUAGUCGACCAGCGCAUCAAGGAAAAAGAAUGGCAAGGGAAGAAGGGUCAAGCGAGGAGGCUCGCACAUACGAUGAUGUACGUGAGGAACAAGUGGCAAGAAACACUGAGAAAAUGAAGAGUUUGGGGCUUGCUGUUAUUUCUAGUGAGAUGAAAGCAUCAAAGAAGGCUGCUGGAAAACCAAAGAAGAAGAGAGCUUUAGAAGUAGCUAUUCCAGAAUCCACUCGAGUGCUUAGAUCUCAAUCAGUUAUGCACGAGUCUGAUAAUGAAGAAGAUGUUGAUAAUGAACAAGAGCUAGAAGAGAAUGAAGAGCUGGGUUUGGAUGAUCAACAGAAGAAGAAAAAGGAUGGCCGGAAGCGCACUAGAAUGCACACUGUCUAUAACAGGGGCAACCAACCACCAGUUCCAGUGUCUUUUAAUGAAAAAGGACAACCAAAUGGGGACAAUGCCUCAGAAUUUAGCAAUUUCAUUGCUACGCUUGUCAAAACACAUAUCCCUCUUGGACAUGAGGACUGGAGACUUGUUCCAGUAGAAAAGAAGAAUGCAUUAUUGACAACCUUAAGGAAAUACUAUGUUGUUGACGACAAGCUCAAGGACUAUGUCAUGGGAACUUCUCAUAAGAAAUGGCGAGAUUUCAAGGUGGAUUUGAAGAAGAAGUUUUUUAAGCCUGAAAAAACUGAUGAAGAAAUCUUAACUCUUAGGGUUGAGGACAAUAGAGUAAGCUAUGAUGAUUGUGUCUGGCUUAUCAAAUUUUGGAGAAGUGAAGAAGCUGAGAAACGAAGUGAACAAGGAAAAAAGAAUCGAAGUUCUCAAAAGGUAUUGCAUACAUCUGGAAGCAAGAGUCAUGCUCGUGUUGCCGCUGAAAUGCACAAGGAGAAAGGAUAUGCUCCUCGCAGAGAUGAAGUGUUUGUCCGAACACACAUAAGCAAAAGAGAUGAAACUACUAUGAUCUGCAGAAACAUCAAAAAAGGACAUAGAUACUGCGAUUGA